UGUGGGUUAGCGCAAGUCCUACGGUAUGGUGGAAAAGGCAAAGCUGGAAAAGGGAGGGCUCUACCACUUGUGCCCCCUGCUUCUGCUUGCUUCUUCAGCUUCUCCAACUGCGAGAGCAGACUGGAGAGUGACGGAGACACAAAAAGAGAGUGAGGAGGAGCUGAGACAAUCAGCCAACUGUAGAGCACGUUGCCGCAGAGUAGCAGUACUCCGCCCUGUUUUACUCUCGUUAAUGGAUUCUCUCCCCUUUACCUUUCACAACCCACCCUUUCUCUCUCCAAGUUUGCUUCGUCUGCACGGUGUCUGAUUAUUAGUGUGAUUCUAGCAUUCUCUCCUCACUCCCUCCUUCUCUAUCUUUCUCAGGCUGGCAGACCAAAAGGGAACCCUAGCGUUCCUUCUCCUCUAUCUGUCCUCUCGAUUCGCUGAUCCUUUCGAUUUCAAAUCGAAGAAGAAGAAGAGGAGGAACGGAGGCUACCGAGUGAAGAUGCUCUGGAUCAUGAGAUUAUCGGGUUUCUUCUCUGCCGCAAUGGUUAUGAUCGUUCUGUCUCCUUCUCUCCAAUCCUUCCCCCCUGCCGAAGCCAUUAGAUCCUCUCAUUUCGACGGUUAUCUCCGUUUCCCCUCCCAGCUUUCCGCCGUCAAUACCCUGAAUCCUUUUUCUUUCAGAAAGGCAUCUUCAUAUCGCAAUGCUGAAGAAUGCAGCUCCGCCGACAGAAAAAUCUCCGGUCAAAACACCGUAUGCGAUCCUUCUCUCGUUCACAUCGCGAUCACUCUCGACAUUGAGUACCUUCGCGGCUCUAUCGCUGCCGUGCACUCGGUAUUGCAACAUUCUCUCUGUCCGGAAAACAUUUUCUUCCAUUUCCUCGUCUCGGAGUCGGAGGCGAACCUCGAAACCCUAGUCCGUUCUACGUUCCCCCAGUUAAAAUUCAAGGUCUAUUUCUUCGAUCCGAAGAUCGUGAGGAACCUGAUCUCGACUUCGGUGAGGCAAGCACUCGAGCAACCGCUGAAUUACGCGAGGAAUUACCUCGCUGACAUUCUCGAGCCUUGCGUUCGCCGGGUUAUAUAUCUGGAUUCCGAUCUCGUGGUGGUCGAUGAUGUUUCGAAGCUAUGGACUACAAACCUUGGCUCUAGAACAGUCGGGGCGCCGGAGUAUUGCCAUGCCAACUUCACCAAGUAUUUCACGGAGAGCUUUUGGUCCGACAGGCGGUUUUCCGGCACGUUUGCGGGCAGGAAACCAUGCUAUUUCAACACAGGUGUCAUGGUUAUGGAUCUAGCGAAGUGGAGGAGGUAUGGAUACACAAAGAGGAUUGAACGGUGGAUGGAGAUCCAGAAGAGGAGCCGAAUUUACGAGCUGGGAUCGCUGCCGCCGUUCCUGCUGGUUUUCGCUGGACACGUGGCACCGAUCGAGCACAGAUGGAACCAACACGGCCUUGGAGGGGAUAACGUGAAAGGGAGUUGUCGUGAUCUCCACCCAGGUCCCGUCAGCCUCCUGCACUGGAGCGGCAGCGGCAAGCCCUGGCUCCGGCUAGACUCCAAACGGCCGUGCCCUCUCGACGCGCUCUGGGCCCCAUACGACCUAUAUGGACCUUCACCAUGACCUUGGAUUCCCGAUGAGCAUAGGGUCCGACGUUGGGGAUCAGGCUGUCAUUUGUCAUCGCAAGUCUUGCAACUCUCCCUCACCGAUUCCAAUCCAAGUGCAAGUUGAGUGGUUCGUUGGACGAGAUGGUGUGGUGGGUCCAUCCAGAUCCAGGGCGAUGAAUCUCGGCUACAAAUACAAUGAAAUUCUUUUUUUCCUUUCAAAUUGAAGCUGCUGUGUGUACAUUUACGAGGUACAACCAAGGACAUUCUGCCAUUUCUCAUGGGGUCUGGGGGCACAUGGAGGCUACUUAACACCGAUCCACCCACAUCCGUCCAUCCAUCCAUCCACCCAUCAUCACAUGCAUACUCAGUGGGUCCCAUGAUGCCUCUCUCUUUUGAUUCCUAUUCCUAGAGAAAAAAUAAUAAUAAAAAGAUUGCCCCAAAUUACAGACUUUACUUACAGAAACUUCUCAUCUGAUUGCAUUCAUUUUCUAUUCUUUUGUGUAUGAUCAUAACUUCAUUUAAAAUUUAUUACUGUAUUAUGUCCUGUUUGAUACA